AACAGGAUACAAUUGGUUCCCAGUUUGUCACAUGUGGUUGCUGACAGACAAGCGUGUGCCCCCUCACGUUGUGACACAAGCACAACACCUCUGUCUCUGCGGCAAAUCAUACUCAAAGCAGGGAUGAUAGGGGGGUUGCUGUUCCUCUAUGAACACUGUGUAUUCCCGCACCUUUAUUGCCUUUGACCUCGGCGCGGAGGAGGGGCCUCGCGGCAAACAUGGCUUCCAAGAAGCAGAGGGGGACACAAGCAUUCCUGCUGCUUCUCCUACUAAGCGCGGCUGCUGUGCAUCUAAUCGCUUGUCCAUUCACUAAAGUGGAGGAGAGUUUCAAUCUGCAGGCAGCUCACGAUAUCCUUUACCACAGGCUGGAUCUGGAGAAGUACGAUCAUCAUGAUUUCCCCGGGGUUGUACCAAGGACCUUCCUCGGGCCUCUCUUCCUCGCUGCCCUGAGCGCCCCCGCGGUCUGCUUGCUCUCUGUCAUGGAACAGUCCAAAUUCUACUCUCAGCUCAUAGUGAGAGGAUCGUUGGGAGUGACUGUUAUAUUUGCACUCUGGACCUUGCAGAAAGAAAUUCGUAAGCAGUUUGGAUCUACGGUGUCUACAUUAUACUGCUUGAUAACAGUCACUCAGUUUCAUUUUAUGUUUUACUGCACUAGAACCCUUCCAAACAUUUUUGCAGUCUCAAUUGUACUGAUUGCUAUUGCAUCUUGGAUAAAACAAAAACAUGGGCAGUUUAUAUGGCUGUCUGCACUUGCCAUUAUUGUAUUCAGAGCUGAGCUAUGUAUAUUUCUGGGACUCAUGCUGCUCAUGCCACUUCUGAGGAAAAAUGUUUCUGUCUUGAAGAUCCUUUUGCAUGCAGUGCCAGCUGGAUUUGUUUGGCUGGGCUUAACAAUUGUUGUGGACUCCUACUUUUGGAAACGUCUGCUUUGGCCUGAAGGAGAAGUACUGUGGUACAACACAAUUUUAAAUAAAAGCUCAAACUGGGGUACAUCACCCUUUUUGUGGUACUUUUAUUCAGCAAUGCCACGAGCUUUAGCAUUUAGCUGUUGCUUUUUACCAGUCGGUCUUCUAGAUAAGAGAACCCAUAUUCUGAUCGCACCGGCUAUUGGAUUUAUAUUUUUGUAUUCUUUCCUUCCUCACAAAGAAUUGCGGUUUAUAAUUUACACUUUUCCUGUUUUAAAUAUAGCGAUCUCUAGAGGAUGUGCAUACUUCAUCAAUAACUAUAAGAAAUCUUGGAUAUUUAAAGUCGGAUCUAUCUGUGUUGUAGCACAUAUUCUGGCAAAUGCAGUUUACUCUGGAACUUCUCUGUAUGUGUCACAUUUCAACUAUCCUGGUGGUGUAGCAAUACAAACACUGCACACCCUUGUCCGCCCUUCAACAGAUGUGUCAGUACAUAUAGAUGUUGCAGCAGCACAGACAGGAGUUUCACGAUUUUUAGAAAUCCACCCUCACUGGAGGUAUGACAAAAGGGAAGACAUUUUGCCAGGAGAUGAAAGUAUGAUGAACUAUUCCCACAUUAUAAUGGAAUCUGUGGCUUCACAUUUAAGUCUUUACAGAGCUACUCAUAAGGUAUUAUCAACCAUACCUGCAGUGAGUGGCAUCGGAUUGAACCACACAGCUCUUCCUCCUGUACAUAUUAAGUUAACAGAUAAACUAGUUAUAUUAGAAAAACUUCCACAUGCCUAUUAAUGUUUGUUUACAUUAAAGUUAUUUUGUACAUA